AUGUUUCGACGGCGUGAGGGCUUCGCGGCGAAACUAACUUGGCUCGUCCUGCGGCUAGCACUGUGGGGCUCGUGGGCCUUCGGUCUGUUUCCAUUCACCUUCGACCCGCAGGCGAGGCAGCUGAGGCGUCACAGUUGGUUUCUGGCCUAUGGCGUGGCGAUAAACAGCUUGCUGAUGUGCCUCGUCGUCGUGAGCUCUUUCUAUAGUGCAGAAACUGUGCAGAAUCUGGAAAUCUUCAAGCGAAAUCAGCUGCUAGAAUGGAUCGACGUACUCAUCGGGAUCCUCGCUCUAAUUGCCAGCUGCGGAACACACUUCAUUACCUUCUGGAAGAACGGACAAGUUCUGAGAAUUCUGAACGAGCUGCUGGUCUUGGAGCAUCGACACUUCUGGUGCCUUGAUGUGCAGGAUGCUUCCAAAUUCAAUUUCUAUGUGAUCCAGAAGGGCAUGUGCGUUGUGGGUGCUGUGCUGAGCGUGCUGGUGGUGAGCUUCGGAGUGCCCGAAUUAUAUACGUCGAGUCUCUUCUUGGUGAUACUCUGCUUGAUGGAGUUCUGUGUGCAUUUGGUGGUGAUGCACUUCCUCCUGGCCAUCCUCUGCAUAUAUCGCUAUGUGUGGCUCAUCAAUCGACAGCUCCUUGCUGUGGUGAGUCGAUUGAGAGUGGACCCUCGGUCAGACACUUCGCGGAUUCGGCUACUCCUCUCCCUGUACGGUCGCCUGCUGGCGCUGAGCAACGAGUUGGAGGCCACCUUUGAGGGCCAGAUCACACUGAUACUGGCAUCCGGACUGGCUGGCAACAUUGUGAUCAUCUACUUCCUGAUCGUGUACACCGUCAGCCUGGGCCAGCUGUCGAUGCCCCUGAUCAUCUUUCCCUUCUCCUUGGCUAUGAAUGUGUGGGACUAUUGGCUAAGCAUUUCCGUGUGUGAUCUCACCGAGCGAACGGGCAGGCGCACCUCCACAAUCCUGAAGCUCUUCAGUGACCUCGAGCAUACCGAUGUGCAUCUGGAGAGAAGUAUGAUCGUCGCCACCUUCACGUAUCUGCUCUGUUUGGUGCAGUUUGAUUUCAUGAAUUUGUAG